UCAAUCUUCAUAUCAGUUCAGUCCGUCUGUCUUGUCUUUUUUCUAACCAAAGAUCCUUACAGUUCGCACGCUGCCCCGGUCUCGAACAAAUUAGAAUAUUCUAGAUUUCGAAUACAUUGAGACAUUCCAAGAUUAACUUUCUUUUGUUUCUUCCGAUUUUCCAUAUAAAUACAAAAUGGCUAACGCAGUGAAACGUCUUAUUCCUCUGCUUGACCGCGUUUUAAUAAAAAGGGCUGAAGCUGUCACGAAAACUGCUGGGGGUAUCGUGAUUCCAGAAAAGGCACAAUCCAAAAUACUUCAUGGAGAAGUUGUCGCUGUCGGCCCUGGAUCUAGAAAAGAAAACGGCGAAUUUGUUCCAGUACUAGUGAAAGUGGGUGACAAAGUGCUACUUCCCGAAUACGGCGGCACAAAAGUUAACCUAGACAAUGACGAGAAAGAAUACCAUCUCUUCAGAGAAGCUGACAUACUGGCGAAAAUAGAAAACUGAUUUCUCAAUUAAUUUUAAUUUUGUGAUUCUGAUACUGUUAGUCAUUUAGAAGUUGUAGUGAAUGAAUAAAUGAUAUGAUUGUGUAAUACUUGGAUGCGGUUGCAUUGAGACGUUAUCUCCGUUGCAUUUCUUAUUAUAAUAUUGUUAUUAAA